AUGGUUGGUCUGAAGAAACUUUUACUGGCAGAGCGCCACCCGUUGAGGCCUUCGUCGAGUCCAACUUACGAGUUGGAAUCAGAUGAGCCUUACCUUGCGAAGCGACAAUUUCAAGAGACUCUUUAUAACCGCCAAACGUACGACUAUCCACCACUGUCCAAACCUUCGACCGGAUACAGAGUCUCAGCGCAAUCAAUGGAUCUGACGAAUCAAUUUGAUCAAAUCGAGAAACAUUUCGAGGAUCUACAUCGACGUCUGGCCCGGCCACAAUCCUCCCAGUCACUUGUAUUUCCCACAACCCCGAAGACUCCAAAUGGGUUUGGUCGUCUCAGUCGCCCCAAAUCUAGACACAUCGAUCUUUUGGAAGCUGUCAAUACCUCGGAACGACUCCAAGAUGGAGACUCACAACCCGUCUCCCCGUCCCCUACCGGCACAUGUCUCUACAACGAAGAUGUCGCAGAACGCAAUAUGACAAGAUUCCUGCGCAUACAAUAUCGGAGCAGAGUUUCACGAAGACUGUCAUCCUUAUACCAGGAAGAUGUAGCUGAUAGAAAUAUCGCCCAAUAUGGCGGUGACUCUCGGUCAAACUCUUCACUUAGUUGCCGGUCACUACCUGCUAUUGCCGGUUGGGUGCGAGAUCCGAAAAAACGCAACAGUGUGAAAUCAAAUUGGUCCUCAGAAGAAAACUUGCGAAAUUCUUUGCCCAAAAAGACAUCAAAGACCCCUCAAACGAGAAGCCACCUACGUUUGCACAAGUCCGUACCAGCUUUACCAACGGAGGAAGUGGACGAGAAAGAUGAAGUGGCAGUAGUGCCUGAUAUCCAGAGCUUGGGUGUACCCCCAGCUUUCAAGUUGGGUCGUCGAUGGAGCAGCACGCCGUUGCCUGAUAGUCCCACAUUGCCACCAGUCGAUGAGGUUAAUGGCAAUGAAAAGAAGGACGCUAAAAGCAUACCAUCUCCGCGGCUUUCUGCUAAAGUACGAUCCUCAUCAUUGAAUACAAGUUCUGUUUCAAUAUCCGAUUUGAGGUCUUCUUCAAGAAAGAACGUCCGCGACCUUUCUAUCAACACACAACUGGCUGCCCAGGGCCCCAAGAUUGCUCAUCGUGCCAUCAGCCCCCCAACGCCCUCAAAAACACCCAAUGAUGAGUGUAAAGGAGUCACUCCCAGUAUCGCCGAGAUCAUGCACAGCCCAUUGCCUGAACCCAGCCCCAUGCAACCGUCACCUCGAUUCAAGGUCUCAGAAAUGAUGGAUCUCUUCAAUAAGGCGUACUUUUCUACCCAGGCCGUCAGCUCCCACCCCACAUAUGAGUCUCUGCAGGAUGCCAUUGUCCGUGAGAUCAACUCACAUGAAGCAUUUCGACAUGUGCCUACUCCCGAUCAGGGCCCACCCUUCACUCCCCCGUCUGCAACUACAAUUUCCGAGUCCAAAGUCUCGGAAGUGAGCCAAAGUCCUUCUCCCAUAUCCAAACUCAUCAAAAAGAGCUCAUUCAAAAUGCACAGGGUGAAUUCGGAAUCUCAUCAAAGUGUCUCUAUCGGCCUCCCUGCAAAGAGCUCAGGAAUUCUUCGUCGAGUCUCUCCUUCUGCUUCUCGGCGGCGGAGACACACUGAUGCUCCAGCUCCAUCUCCUGCUCUUUUUGCUGAUCUCCGUCAGUCAAAUGGCGAUAUGAACCCCAUUGUCGACGAUCAGAUGACCUAUUUGGAUGUUUUGGUGCGUGCCGGCCAAGAUAAAUUCCCUCCGAGCUCGAAUACUACCCGGAACCUUGAUGCGAACACUCCCUACACCCACUGUAUGCAGGCACACUCCACUCCGUCAAAGGACAGUCAAAAGAGCCUCUCGAUCGAUGGAAUGGAUGAUGACAUUCUCCACCUUCCUAGUCCAGGACCUCCCCCGCUACUUCAGAUUGAAGGUGUUGACGUGAACAACGUUCACUACGUGAUCGACUCCGAAGAUGCCGCAAGGCUCGUCAACUGGAAGCAUCGUGCAACCCACUCCAACCCUCCAGCACCCAUCUGUGACAGAAGCCUUUCUCCGCUUUCUCGCCCUGGGCUGCAAUUGCGGAAUUCACGAUCUGUCGAGACCUAUUAA